UUUGGCCUUCGUUGUUGUCAAAUAUUUGUAUUUCGAUUUUUUCAUAUUUGUGUUGGUGGAGUUUGUGUACGGUCGGACACGUAUGGAUUUUGUGUUGAGUUGAAAUUCGCGAGGAAAUUCGUUAGUAAUUAAUGCACAUUUUCGCUUCCAUCAAUUCGGAAACAUGAGUAAUAUUAUUGAUUCAGCAGUAAUUUGGUGUUAAUUAACAUUCCGAUUUCUUGGUGGUCGAAUCCAUUGGUUAAGGACCCCAAAACCGUGCGGGGGUGUAAAGAGUGUAUAAACAAUAAUUGUAUUUUCGUCGAUUCAUAAUACUCUAAUACUCAUCUUCAGUGCUGCCUGUCGUCGCUGUAUCCCGAUGGGGCCCUCUGCCCCGUCAUGCCGCCCGCGAUGAGGCUCGAGCAAAGCCCCCCGCUGCCACCCCCCACCACGAUCGACGCCGUCGAAAGCAGAGACGCCGACGCCGACAGGGCAUCGCUCACCGAGCUGGAGCUGCUAGCCAAGCUGGAGGAGGCCAAUCGGCUGUUCGAGUCCGACGCCAAGUCGCUCAAUUCGUUGAGCGGCGCUUCGGCCACGUCCGGACACAGUCGGAAGAGUUCGGACACUUCGCAGAUAUCGCUCACGUCAGGCACUAGCUCGAACCAGGAACGGCCCGAGGAUGGCAGCGAGGAGGACCUGUGGAUCACGUGGGGCCACAUCGUCAACGAUUGGGAGGGCAACUGGAAGCGGCAGAAUGCGCAAAUUAGGGAGCUGGUGCGCCGUGGGGUGCCCCUCCACUUUAGGGCGAUCGUGUGGCAGCUGCUGUGCGGCGCGCACGAGGCUCCCGAGAAGAGGCUGUACGCGGAGUACAUCAAGACCAAAUCUCCUUGCGAGAAAGUGAUAAGGAGGGACAUCGCCAGGACUUAUCCGGAACACGAGUUCUUCAAGGAAAAGGACGGUCUCGGCCAAGAAUCCCUCUUCAAUGUCAUCAAAGCCUACUCUCUGCACGACAGAGAGGUCGGAUACUGUCAAGGAACCGGCUUCAUCGUCGGAUUGCUCCUUAUGCAGAUGCCGGAAGAGGAAGCUUUCGCCGUGGUGGUGAAGAUAAUGGAGGACUACCGAAUGCGCGACAUGUUCAAGCCCAGCAUGGCCGAGCUCGGCUUGUGCAUGUUCCAGCUGGAGCACCUCGUGGCCGAGCACCUGCCCGACCUCAGUCAGCACUUCCGAUCGCAGAACUUCCACACUUCGAUGUACGCUUCGAGCUGGUUCCUCACGCUGUUCACGACGGCGCUCACGCUGCCUGUGGCCUGCAGGAUCAUGGACGUGUUCCUGUCCGAGGGCAUGGAGGUCAUCUUCAAGGUGGCCAUGGCGAUGCUGACGCUCGGCAAGGAGGAGUUGAUGUCUUUGGACAUGGAGGGGAUGCUAAAGUACUUCCAAAAAGAAUUGCCUGCUCUUGCCGAGGCAGACCCCGAAGCUUUGAUGCAAUCAGCUUACGAAAUGAAAUACAAUGCCAAGAAGAUGAAGAAGCUGGAAAAAGAAUAUGUCGUCAUAAAGACCAAAGAACAGGAAGAGAUGGCAGAAUUGAAGAGACUGAGACAAGAAAACAAGCAGCUGAGGCACCGGUGCGAGAUGCUGGAGGAGGAGAGCAAGGCGCUGGCCGACCGGCUGGUCAAGGGCCAGGUUAGCAGGGCGGAGGAGGAGGAAACGACCUUCGUGGUGCAGAGGGAGCUGGACGCGUUGAGGCAUGCGCACUUGGAGACCAUGCGCGAUCUGAAGUCGGCCAGGGAGAAAAUCAGGGCGUUGUCUGUGAUCAUGGAGCAAACGCACACUUCGAGACAAUCCUCGAUCGAAGAGAUCACCCUGAAGCAAGAACAGCUCGAACAGAGAGAGGAGAUGAUCGAGUGUCUGCAAGAGGAAUUGGUGAAGGUGAGGCUGCGGGAGGCGGAAAACGACGCCGUCACUCGCGAGCUGCGUUCCCGCAUCAACGAGCUGGAAGAGGACAAGAAGACAUUGAGGGAGAUCACGCCAGACAACAGUGUGGCGCACUUGCAAGAAGAACUGAUCGCCGUGAAGCUGCGCGAGGCCGAGGCGAAUCUAUCGCUGAAGGAUCUCAGGCAGCGGGUGGCAGAGUUGAGUGAGCAGUGGCAGAAACAUCUGCAGGAGCACAAACAGGAAUUGAAACCAGCUUCGUCCGGUGAUGCUUUGAGCACCCCGAAGAAAUUGUUGUUCUGGGAGCAUCGUCACAACGAAACCCAAAAAUUGGAAGAGGAACUGAUGACCACCAGGAUAAGGGAGAUGGAAACCCUAACCGAGGUCAAGGAGUUGCGUCUCAAGGUGAUGGAGCUGGAGACUGCGGUGCAGGUGAGCUCGAACCAGCUGCGCAGACAGGACGAGGAUAUCAAGCGGCACAUCGAGGCGCUGGAGGCGGCGGAGGGACGCGACCGGGAGGCGGCAACGCGGCUGCUGGAAGAGCGGCGGCGGUACGCUGACUUGGACAGCCGGAUGCGGGACGAGCUGAUGCGCGCUCGGAUCGGAGACGCGGAGAAGGCGCAGAAGAUCGCUGAGCUGGCGCAGAAGAUCAGUCAGCUGGAGCUGAAGAAUCAGGAAAUUGCUACAGAAGGAGAGCUACGCAUCCAUUCAGUGGAAGACAGCGAUAGGGUUAGAGAACUACAGGACAAGGUUGCAGAUCUACAAGCAGAGGUAUUAAGAUUGAGAAGAGGCGGCACAGGCUACGCUGGAGGGGGCCGAAUAUCGGGGGACAGGUCCUCUUCCAUCGACAGCACCGACGACGAUUCCAAACUCCUUCUGGAAGACCCCACUCUGCGGCUGACCAUCGUCGAUUCUCCCACUUCUCCCGUCUCCCCCAAUCUGCCAGACAUUUCCGAAACAGAUACCCCCCAAGUUUCUGAAACGAACUCGGCCAAAAUCUGCGAAACGGACACGCCUAAAGGUAAAUUGCGUUUGGACUUGGAUCCGAACAUGAAUGAGGCCGAGGUCACAAGAAAUGUGCCGCGAGUUUGACGGACUUUGAGUGGGCGCAGUUUUGAAUCCUAUUCUUCGAUUAUUUGUGAUGUGGUGGACUCAGUAGUUUGUACUAUGUCAUCUCUGAGUAUACAAUGCAGGGUGAGGCAGACUAAAAUAGUAUACCCCUUCCGUCUCAACUACAUUUCUUGGAUGAAGUUGUUGAACUUGUCACAUCAAGAGUUGGUUACAACAUCAAUUUUAAACAAUAUUUUAAGUUUCAAUCUCUGAGGAAGUGGUAGCAACUUGAUUUUUCAAAGGAACAUCCUGUGUAUCACUCCAUAUCCGUCAUAAUAUUCAUUAAGGCUUCAUCGUUGUCCUUCGAAAUAAAAACCUAUAGUUAGUAGGCGAGAGGUAAGUUAUUGUCUGUCUGUGAAUGACGCUAGUUUACUGAAAACAUCGAAAGAUCAUUUGCUUCAAUAGAAUAUUCCUCAAAAUGAAAAAUCUGCCCAAAAUCUCCGAAACUGACACGCCGAAAGGUAAAUUGCGUUUGAACUUGGAUCCGAUCAUGAAUGUGGCCGAUGACACAAGAAAUGUGCCGCGAGUUUGACGGACUUUGAGUGGUCGCAGUCUUAAAUCCUAU